AUGGGUAUUCAAGAAACUGACCCGUUAGCCCAAUUGAGUUUACCACCGGGUUUCCGGUUUUACCCGACCGAUGAAGAACUUAUGGUUCAAUAUCUUUGUAGAAAAGCAGCUGGUUAUGAUUUCUCACUUCAACUUAUCGCUGAAAUCGAUCUUUAUAAAUUCGAUCCAUGGGUUUUACCAAAUAAGGCAAUAUUUGGAGAGAAAGAAUGGUAUUUUUUUAGUCCAAGAGAUAGAAAGUAUCCAAACGGGUCGAGACCGAAUCGGGUUGCUGGAUCGGGUUAUUGGAAGGCUACGGGUACGGAUAAGAUUAUUUCGACGGAAGGACAAAGAGUUGGUAUUAAAAAAGCUUUGGUGUUUUAUAUCGGAAAAGCUCCUAAAGGCACUAAAACCAAUUGGAUCAUGCAUGAGUAUCGUCUCAUUGAACCUUCUCGUAGAAACGGAAGCUCUAAGUUGGAUGAUUGGGUUCUAUGUCGAAUAUACAAGAAGCAAUCAAGUGCACAAAAACAAGUUUAUGAAAAUGUAAUCACGAGUACUAAAGAAUUCAGCAACAAUGGUACUUCGUCGACGACAUCUUCUUCUUCUCACUUUGAAGACGUUCUUGAUUCACUACAUCAUGAGAUCGACAACAGAAAUUUUCAGUUUUCUUCUAAUCCAAACCAAUUUUCAAUGAUCAGACCGGACUUAACCGAACAGAAAACCGGGUUCAACGGUACAUCGAGCUACGAUUGGGCUAGUCUUGCAUGCAAUAAUGAGCGUAACUCUAAUCAAGAACUCGGAAUGAGCCAUGCUGUUUCUAAUCUUGAGUUCAAUUAUGGCUACUUGAAAACAGAGGAGGAAUUUAACAACUCGGACGAGUUGGUUCAAAAGAGUUACGGUGUUGACUCGGUCGGGUUUGGGUAUUCGGGGCAAGUUGGUGGAUUUGGGUUUAUGUGA